AUGAACAGAGGCAACUUUGGAGCAAAGAGCUCCAAAGAGGAUACCAGGAAACCAGAGAAGAAAAGCAAGGCUUUCAAAGAUAUUUCCAGAUACUUCUCUAAGGAAGAAUGGGCAGAGCUGAGGUACUCUGAGAAAGUCACCUAUGUAUAUAUGAAGAGAAACUAUGAUGCCAUGACUAAUCUAGGCCUUAGAGCUACCCUUCCACAUUUUAUGAGUCCUAAUAGGUGGACCACCAAAUCCCAGCUAGAUGACUCUAAUGAAUAUCACAACCUGUGGACUGAAGAGCCCAAGAAAGAGGAGACUAAAGUCUGGGCUUGCAGACUGCGGGAAAGAAAGAAUCUCAUAGUCUAUGAAGAGAUCAGUGACCCUGAGGAAGAAGACUAA